AUGGCUAAUGAGAAUGAAUCCGAUGCUCUUGAUGCAAUUGAACGUGAAGCGAAGGAGUAUGAUAAGGAUGCUGAGAUCGACCGCAUUCUCAAAGCGUUUCGACUUGAUGCCUACGCUGUGCUAGAUCUACAGCCUGGCGUGCCAGAUUCGGACAUCAAAGUGAUCUACCGCAAGAAGUCCCUGCUCAUACACCCAGACAAGACCAAGAAUCCGCAAGCGCCAGAGGCUUUCGACAGACUCAAAAAAGCACAGUCAGCCCUGCUGGACGAGAAAGAACGCAAGCAUCUAGAUGAGUGUAUCGCAGAUGCCAGGCAUUUACUUAUCAGACAGCACAAGUACACGGUUGACUCAGAGGAGCUCAAGACAGAUGAGUUCCUGGUCGAGUGGCGGAAGAAGACAAUCGAGGUGCUUGUUGAUGCAGAGGCCAGACGUCGGCGGCAGAUGAAGGCCAAGAUGCAGGAGGAAGGCAGAGAGCAAGCGAAGGAAGAUGCCGAGAUUGCCGAGCGCAAACGCAAACGACAACACGAGAAAGACUGGGAGGAGACUCGCGAUACUCGGAUCAACAGCUGGCGGGACUUUCAGACCGGUGGCAAGAAGAAGGGGGACGGCAAGAAGAAGAAAAUGAAGGUGUUGGGUUGA